AUGGGCCGCGAUGAACCAGAAUGGAUAGGUGACCGCUUUGAGGACUGUAUGGUCGAAUUCCCAGAUGGAAGCCAGUGGAAAUUCGGUGAAAAGAUUAGUGAGAAGUGUGGUGACUUCUAUGCAGAUCGAAAGAUGGAGAUAGUUCUUUCGGAGUCUCAAGCAGUAUAUCACUGCCACCAGCAAGAAGGCCCGCGAGUGGGUUUAGAAGCCAUCCUCAAAGUUCGCAUGCAGGUCCCGUCAGAAUAUCCUGCACACCCAGAUCCCUUCGUACGGUCACAGGAAGCUAUGAGACGUGGUGUCAGCGGCGCAACAUCUACGGAAUUGAGAACCCUAAAGUAUUUGAAUGAAAAAGGCUGCACUGUAGUCCCACGUCUUCUAAACUCCAUUACCUAUUCUCAGGACAUAUCCAUGCUCGUACCCAAGGGUUACCUUGUUAUUCUAGUUAUGGAGAAAUGUCCUGGAGUUGUGCUAUCUGAUUUUUGGGACUACGAAAAACCAAAAAGGGAUAAAAUACGGAAGGCAUUUCGGAGAGAUUACAGAGAACUCAUAUCAUACUCUGCCCACGCCACCGAUCCUGGUCUUCGAAAUAUCAUCUACGAUGAAGUGGAAGAUAAAUGUUGGUUUAUUGACCACGAACACACGUCUAUAUUAAAGUCAGAUAAGGAGGAAGCAACAUCAGAGAAUCUACCGGUGAGGAGGUCAGAUUUUGUGAGGUGGGAGCUUGAGAACUGGAGGCCUGAAGACUAUGAGAUGAGUGGUCAGGACUAUGACAAACAUGACGACUCCGACUCCAGCUAA